AUGAGCCUGAAACGUCAAGGGUCAGACUUGGAUCACGGUGCGAAGAAGAUGAAGUCUAACGACAGCAAUGACAACGAUGGAGUCUCAUCUACGAGUUCUAUGCCAACUUCCCCUGCCUUGCCUCGUCAGCCUGUUACUGAUUUGGACGACUUGCCCCACACGGCUCGCGAGAAAAUCAACUAUGUACUACAAGCUCUCGGGGAUGUCUCCCCAGAGACACUGUAUCAAGUCAAUAUCAUGGAUCAAAUCAACGCCAUCAACUGUGAUGGUACUUCCCCGCCGCACUUUAAGUAUAAAACGCCUCCCAUAGACAUGAUGGUUGGCUAUGAGCACAGUACAUUCCCCAAUGUCCUCAUCUACAGGCUUAACAAGCUGACUACUUCACCAGGAAGAACUGAUGCCCACGACUGCGCAUUUAUCGGCUGCGAUCGAAUUGUCGCCAGAGUUACUACCUUGCGUUACGCCGAUGGUUAUUUUACAGUCGAGAUCAAAAGUCGGGGAAGACACACUCCAAAAUUGACUCUACCGUAUGGUACGAAGGAUGACCGACGAAUAUUCAAAGAACAGUCGUGGGAGGAAGGCUAUCGACUUAAAGUACAGAGCCUCACCAGAAAAGCCGCGGUGUCUCAUAACCGAGAAGUCCUGGGUUGGUGGGUGCGCAGAAUUGUUCAUUCUGAAACCCGGCUUACCGGAAGGGAGGAGGCUAGGGGAGAGUUUCUUUCGGGUGAUGUAGUACUGACUAAAACAUCGGGGGAUCCUAUUUUGUAUUUUCGCCGAUAG